UUUAGUUUGCCUUCACUCGUGGAAAUAUCGAAAAUUUAUAAACAAAAUGUUUCACUUAUGUGUGGCGGCAUUCUUAAUAUCGAUGAUGGGUGAUGUGCUGGCGGAUGAAAUGAUGACGCUACCAAUCGGUAUGCUGAUAGAAGGCGUCGAACCCUUUGUGCAGGAUUGCGAUCCAAAACCCGAAUUAGAGCAUAUGGAGGAGCUUUUCUUGAAUAAAGAGGAUGCCCAACAAACAACCAAAUGCCUUCGUCACUGUCUCAUGGCACAGUUUGAAUUGUUCAAAGAGGGCGACACAGCUGUAGAGAGCGAGAAGUUAGUAGGCUUUAUGGCAUUGUUGUAUCCGGAGAAAGCGGAUGAAUUGAAUGAAAUCGUAGAUGGUUGUAAUCAAAGGAAUAAAGAUAUGGGCCUCAAUGAGAUGUGCGAAGUCGCUCAUUCUUUUGGCAUGUGCAUGUUGAAAGAAAUGCAAUCACGUGAAUAUGAAAUACCAAUAGUCGAACAGUGAUUGUGAUUAAAAAUAUGUAUGCAAAGUAUAUAAGGUAUUUUUGUUUAAAUAAACCUUCGCUUAUACAAUAUUUUCAUAUUUAUACGA